UUUUACAUCAUAACUCAUAAGUCACAACCCGAAAAAUAAUUUGCUCAAUGUUCCAACCCAAUCGCGACCCAGUCAUUCAAAGGCCAUUCUCAACACGACCAUUCACUUACGAACAACCUUAACCAUUCUCUCACGACCCAGUCGCACUUCUCUCCGUCUCGCUGCAUUUCGCUCAUUCGCCAUCUCCACAUUGCUCUGCGUUCUCAACCAUCUCUUCGUGCUGCUUCCAACUUUGCAAGUCUUCAUGCCAAAUUUGUGAAGCCUAAAAGUUAUUAGGGAUUUGCUGAGUUCUGGUCGUUUUAUUGCAAAGAACUUAUCUUCAGACGGGACUAUGGUCUUUAGGAGAAAACUCAGUCAUCAGAUUACUAAAGUCUUUCCCUCCAACUUAUAUAUCUUACUUACUUAUGGAAAUUAUAGCUCUACUCCGAUUUUAAGAUACCAUUUUCAAGCCUAUUCGAGUUUCCGGUCUCAUUGUGGGUGUAUGAGCUCUCAUUUGGCCAACUCCAAUGAGCAAGCUGUAUCCCUUGGAACCCAGAAUGAAAUAACAUUUGGAAUAAAGUUUUUGUCUACUGCAGCAGGAACAAUCUUGGUCCAGGCUCGAGACCCGGCUGCACUAAGUAUGGAAAUACAAAUUGCACUUGACGAGUGUAGACUUAACGAUGCGUGGAAGUUAUAUGAACAACAUAUGCAGAUGGAGGGUUUCCCUAGAAAGUCUGUUGUAAACAAACUCCUUGCAGCUUUUGCAGAAAGCCUUGAUAUUCAGUGGCUAGAAAAGGCCUUUGAGCUUGUAGAACAAGCUUUUGAGGAAGGAAAACAGAACUUGUUAGACAAAGAGAUGCUAAUUUAUCUUGCUUGUUCUCUUGCCAAAGCUGGGUUGCCAGUUCCUGCGUCGACUAUUUUGAGGAAGCUUGUAGAAAUGGAGCAAUUUCCUCCAGUUGCUGCUUGGUCUGCAACUUUGGCUCAUAUGUCGCAAACAGCACGUGGGGCUUACCUUGCUGCUGAAUUGAUUCUUGAGAUGGGCUACUUGUUCCAAGAUGGUAGGGUGGAUCCACGUAAAAAGAGUAAUGCACCCUUGAUUGCUAUGAAGCCUAACACUACUGCUUUCAACAUUGCUCUGGCCGGUUGUCUUUUGUUUGGAACGACUAGGAAAGCAGAGCAGCUUCUUGAAAUGAUGCCUCGAGUUGGCAUCAGAAUUGAUUCUAACUUGUUGAUAGUAAUGGCGCAUAUAUACGAGAGGAAUGGACGAAUAGAAGAGCUUAAGAAACUUCAACGUUACAUAAAUGAGGCACACAACCUAAGUGAUAUUCAAUUUAGGCAGUUUUAUAGUUGUUUGCUUACAUGCCAUUUGAAGUUGGGGGAUCUAGAUUCUGCAUCCAACAUGGUUUUGGAAAUGCUUCAGAAAGCAAAAGCAGCUAGAUCCUCGCUUGUAGCUGCGUCGCUGGUUAUUGAUGCUGUUCAAAAUGAUAGCCAAUCUUCUCUUCUCCUUGGUUCCAGCCAAGGUUUGAAUAGACGGUCUGAACAUUUAGAAGAUAAUACAUUAAUGAGAACUCCUGUAUUAUCUUACGAAGAGUAUUCAAGAGACCAAAAUUUCACGAAACUCGAGACCGAAGCAAAGAAAGUGCUUGGUGAUAUGUUAGCUAAGCUUCAGAGUCAAGUUGAAUUGCUAACAACUGAACGAGGUAUUAUCCAACCAAAUGAGAAAAUUUUUGUGAAACUAGUCAAGGCCUUUCUAGAAGCUGGCAAGACCAAGAAUUUAGCAGAUUUUCUCAUCAAGGCGGAGAAAGAAGAUUCUCCAGUUUCCAAUGAUGAUUCAGUUAUGGUUCAUGUCAUUAAUUCGUGCAUAUCACUUGGUUGGUUAGACCAGGCACAUGACCUUCUUGACGAGAUGUGUUUGGCUGGUGUUUGGACCGCUCCUUCUCUGUAUUCAUCACUCUUAAAAGCAUACUGCCAAGCAAACCGAGCAGGAGAUGCUGCGUCACUUCUACGCGAUGCUCGGAGGGCCGGAGUCCAGCUAGAUUCAAGUUCUUACCAGGCAUUGAUCCAGUCCAAGGUGCUGCAAGAAAAUACACAGGAAGCCUUCCAUCUCUUCAGAGAGAUGAAAGAGGCUAAGAUAUUGAAAACCGGUCAUCCAGAGUUUGAGACGUUGGUUAAGGGAUGUGCAGAGGGCGGUGAAGCGAAGUUGAUGGCAAAGCUCUUGCAAGAAAUCAAGGAAGGGCAGAAGGUCGACUCGGGUGUUCAUGAUUGGAACAAUGUGAUCCACUUCUUCUGUAGGAAGAGAUUGAUGCAAGAUGCUGAGAAGGCUCUGAAAAAGAUGAGGAGUCUUGGGCAUACCCCGAAUGCUCAAACUUUCCAUUCCAUGGUCACUGCUUAUGCAGCUAUUGGGGGAAACUACAUAGAGGUGACAGAACUGUGGGGCGAGAUGAAAUCUCUUGCUUCAUCUACGCCAAUGAAGUUUGAUCAGGAGCUCCUGGAUUCUGUGCUUUACACAUUCGUCAGAGGCGGGUUUUUCAAGCGAGCAAAUGAAGUCGUGGAGAUGAUGGAGAAAGGGAAUAUGUUUGUUGACAAGUACAAAUACCGGACCCUCUUCUUGAAAUACCACAAAACACUUUAUAAGGGCAAAGCUCCCAAGUUCCAGACAGAAGCCCAACUCAGCAAGAGAGAAGCAGCCUUGGCUUUUAAAAAGUGGGUAGGAUUGAAUUGAUGAACUUUUUAUCUAAUUUCCAUACGUCUCAGCUUUAAUCUAAUUAGAGUUUGGUGCUACAAAAUCAUUGUUUGUUCCUUUUGGAAAAGGAUUUUGUAAUUAGUGCCAAAAAAAAAAAAA